GAGUCUGCAAGCAUAUUAUCAAUACUUGAUUGAUCGGUUCCAAAACGGAAAUUUUAUGACAGGGCGAUGACGUAGAUUACACUGGUAGAAACUUGUGUUCUUGAAUUAUAAAUAUCACUACAGAUACCGGUAUAAGGUAUUUCUAUGAGAACAACAUGAAUCUUAUCAAUGAAUUGAAGAUAUAGACAGGUGAAAAUGCUGAGAGCUGUGUUGACUGCAGUUUACAUUAUAUCUGGUGUUCACAUAUUUUUGGGAAUUCUCAGUGUUUGUUUAGGGGUAGUGUCAAGUAUUCGUUCAGAAGUGUGGCUUGCACACAGUGUUUCCCCAAUAUGGAGCGGAGGGUUUUUCAUUAUAACAGGAAUUAUAGGGAUUUUAUGUGCUAAAAGAAAAUCAUCAUACGUGAUCAUGAGCUUUAUAGCACUGUCUGUGGUAUCCAUAGUUACAGCCGUGGUCAGUAUUCAGCUUCUUCGUCUAGGACUAGUGAACCAUACGACAGAUGGACACACUUUUCAGAAAGAAAACAAAGACAUUUUAAUACUGAUAGCCUUGGCUGUAGCGGGAACAGAAUGUCUUGUUUGUAUACUAUCAUCAAUCCUUAGCUGUAGAGUAGCAAAAAUAGCUAAAGAAGAAAUGUUCAAACAAAGGGAAGGAAUGUUUUAUGUCAAGGUACUUGGUCAAAAAGACAUAGUCGUUGUUACCAAACCUUUGCUAACAAGAGACGAAAAUACAGCACUUUGAUAAAAAAGCGUCAAGAGAAAGUUCGUGUCUUUACACAAAGAACUGUAGCAUUGCAUUAACGAAAUUACAAUAAUCAGGACGCUUAUCUUCCGAAUAUUUAUCAAUUCAAUAUAUUUUAUUGUUAUAUAACGUUGCGUAUCACUUAGACUUUCCCACUUGACAGCAAAUGAAGUAUACAUUAUAGACAUGAACCAUAUGGAAUGGAUUGUUUAAUUUGUUAACAUUUGAAAACAGCACAAUAAAGUUUAAUGUUGUAACA